GGAGCUUUCAAGGAAACAGGGGUACGUACCGCCCAAGCUGCGUUACCAACCGGGCGCGAACAACAUGCAUCCAUCAAAGCUGGCAAACCAUUGACGACGAAUAUCUCGCCGAGACAAAUCGAAAACCUCGCUCCGAAACCUCCUGGGUUCCUUACACGGUACUUACUAUCGAAAACCUCCUGGAGCUCGCUGUUCCAACUCAAAGUGCAACGAUGGCCCCGUCUCUCGUCCGCCCCCAGGGCCACCUGUCACCGGCUCAGGCCCUUGAGCUGGCCCAGAAGGCGCCGACGAUUCUGCGAAACAACCCAAAGGCGUUCUCAUCGUCCCCGCUUCUAUCACUGUUCUCGGCAUCUGAGACGCCCGAACUGUGGACAAUCUACGAGAACCUCCUUCUGGCCUGCCUCCGGACGGGAGACAGUCAAGCAGCGCACCAAUGCCUCGAAAGGCUGAUUAUCCGCUUUGGAGACGAAAACGAACGCAUCAUGGCUUUCAAGGGCUUGAUCAAAGAGGCGGAAGCCGACAACGACGGAGAACUGGCACAGGUUCUCAUGGAAUACGAGACCAUACUUGGAGCAAACGCGACGAACAUUCCUGUUGCGAAACGUCGCAUUGCCCUCCUGAAGUCUACUGGAAAGAUAUCGGAAGCGGUCGCGGCACUCAACUCCCUCGUUGACUUCAAUCCCACGGAUGCAGAGGCGUGGGCAGAGCUUGCCGACUUGUAUCUGUCGCAGGGCCUCUACUCGCAGGCCAUAUUUGCGCUUGAGGAGGUCCUCGUACUGACUCCGAAUGCAUGGAACAUGCACGCGCGGUUGGGCGAAGUAUUGUACAUGGCAGCCUCGACUUCUGAAGGAUCCUCGCUGCAGCAUUUGACCGAGUCUGUAAAGAGAUUCAGCCGAAGCAUCGAGCUGUGCGACGACUACCUCAGGGGUUACUACGGACUGAAACUAGUUACGAACAAACUGAUCAAGGAGCCCUCAAAGCCAUCAAAGACACCGGAGUUGGAGGAGUGGGGCCUUUCCGACGUCACCACGCUACAGAAUCUCAAUGAACUGGCGACAACAAAACUGGCGGAGAUUGUACGUCGUAACGGAGCGCAGGAGAGGCUCUGGCAGGGCUAUGACGAAUCGGAAGUGGCAGCGGCGCGAGAUUUACUGUCAAAGGAGUCGGCCGAGCUUGUGAGAUGAGCAACGCGUCAGCCUGACACUACAAACAGACAACUUCACAUUGGCCGAUGUCAUGAUCAAGCGACUACGUUGAUAAGUCAUCAGAAACAGCACGUUUUGUGGGAGGCAGCAUUCCCACCGAAUGCUGCUUUGAAUGGUACAUGCUGAGGUCAAUAAGCAAUCGGAGUCAUCAAGCAAGGCCAACAGCCUUUGACAGACCGUCUUUGUGCUAGUGGCAAUGCCAACGUUUUCGCGGUCGGUAGCCAAUCGUGGACAAUCCGGCCAACCAUAGCAAGCGAGUAACAAACACAGCAGCCGGCAUUUGCUUUUCAUACAAACGCGUGUUAAACCGCAAACUCGUGGCGAAUGAAGAAGCUGGCCGUCUGGAAGUUGGGCCUGGAGGGGAGUCAUUUUGUUGUUUUUACAAAUACAGCGGACACGCAUCGAACAUGGGCAGAGGCCGCCGUGUCCUGCCUAUGGAUAACAGUUAAUACUUUCUUUCGAAUUCUAUUGUUCCCGCCGCGGCCACACCCGCAGUCAUGCCUAAUGGUCGCAAACCCCAUGCACUAGCACGUCGCAUGGCUGCGUGUCAUCCAAGGUUCCAGCCAAGUCGUUAGGAGCCCGACGAGCUAAGGCGGCCCACCAGAUGCGCUGGCAGUGAGUCAGGGAGAGUUGAUCCACGGAUGGAUCUCAGCAAGCUCAGCGGCUCAGGCACCAUCAGCCGAGGUCCCAUGGUCCUGCAUAUCAGAGUGCGCCAGGCUUUGGAGAGGCCCGUCGGGCGUGACAAAGGGUUCAUCGGGCUCAAGUAUCGUCGGAAUGAUCAACUGGCAAGAACAUACAGGCCAAUCAAGCUGGGACGACAACAUUGCGGUGUCACGUAUAUAUCCGGGCGGUGCCAUGUAAAUAAGCUCAAGGCAGAAU